GAGAAUUUUUAGGUCCAUGUCCUCUCACCUCCUGACCCUCUACUCGCUCGUGCGAUCGCGCGAUUUCUUCCUCGCAGUCGUUACCAGUUCUCACUCAGUCGUUACGAUGGGUUUGAAUGUGAGUCAAACAUGCUGCAGCGUGUCGUCGUUUGCUUGCUGGUUGCGCUUCCUAUGAGUUUUACCAGGGAAAAACAAAAAAGGGAUAAAAGCAAUGAAAUUCACGACAAAGGAGAAUCCUUCUUCUCACAAACAAAGGGACCUAAUCCACAGACUUGUGAAAGGCAUGGAAGAUGCGAGGUCAGUGGACUCAGUGUAUUUAGGGAUCCCCUUAAUUUCAUGUUUGCAUAUGUAAUCUUAAGGUCACCUUUUCGUGCUUAUUUCGAAUUGAUUCAAAUUAAACUUGCUAAUUUCUUGAUGUUUCCUUUUCAACCAUAAGCUUUUAUAAGCUCAGUAAAGUUAAAAAAUACCGAAACAAGCGUCUGUCUCAAAACUUGCAUCGAAACCUCCUUAUCACUUUAUAAACAUGCUUAUGCACAGCUGUUAUGCAGUUUUCGAAAAUUCGCUGUAGUCCUCUGCAUGGUAUUGGUUUGAGCGAAAUUUUCAAGCAGUUAAGUGCUUUAAAAUAUCCUCAGGAGUUAAACUUAUCACAGGAAAGGCUAUUGUGUCCCCUUUUUUCCGAAAUUCGGCGUAAAUUUAAUUUACUAAAAAAGUUCUUGUCCAGCAUAUUGUGCAGACAGGUGUUUUUGUUGUAAGUUUCCUUAGAAGCCCUAAUUUGAUCAAGAAUAAUUGGGUCUAGGAAUUGGUAGAGGAGGCAAAGGAAGUUGAGAACAACCUAGCCUGAAAAAAUUUUUGCCGACAGUCGGCCGACAGUUUUUUCGGGGAGCUGUUCUUCACUUUUUCCUUGAUCUUCAGUAUUUACUUGCUCUGAGCUUGUCUGUUGCACCUGUUUCAUACUCCUGUAUUGUUUUUGCUAGAUGAGCCCCAUUGACAUAAGUAUUACAGGACUUGACAAGAUCUUACACUUAAAGAAGUUUCUUUGCCACAUGCAAACUGAACCUCUGCAUUUCAACGAAUAAAACUUUUUUAGUGAAAUAUUUAAUUCAACCUGUGAAAUAGUAUGUAACAGUAGGUGCCAAUUAAUAUUAUUAUAAGUGACCAGAAAAGAGAGCAGUGAGUUAGAGAGCAAUAGCUCAUAUUAGUCUACUAUCUAUUCCAUGAGUUAAUUAGUAAAUUCACUCUAUUUUUCACUUCAAUGAAUUAAACUAAAUUUCCUCGUUAACAGACAUAAGAAUGUAAAUCAAUGACAAUAGUUUUGUACAAAUAAUCAUUUUUUGAUGUCCGGCUUGCUGAUUUUUAUCCUUUAAAGUCAAUUUUUCACUUGCCUUGAUUUUUUGUUCCAUUUUGGGUCAACAACAACUGUCAAAUUACUGUUUUUUAAAUAUGAAAAGCUAGAGGCAACUUUGAUUGUAACAAGGGAUAGCACACCAUUAUUAAUGAAGUCAUGCCCACUAUACCAGUGCUGGAAAUUACUGUCGGAUGUCCGAUCAAAAUUUUGUAAAUGUCCGACUAAUAUUGCAACAUAUUCGGACAUAAUGUCCGAACACUUAAUAGGCCAUUUGCAUGAUAGCGUCAUUUUACUACUAUGACCAGUAUCCUUCAGGGUUUUGCUUUCUUGUGCAAAUUAGGGCUUUUGUUAGUUAAACCUCACUGGGGCUACAUACCUAAUUUAAGUAUUAAAGGAAAAACGAAAAGAAUUCUGGUCGUAGUAGUAAAAUGACUCCAUCAUGCAAAUGGCCUAUUGAUUUAGCUCUUGUCUUAGGAGCUUCUUAACAUCCCUAAAUUGAUUUUGAAAACAGUAAAAGGUAAAAUUCCAUGAUCAAAAGAUAAACUUUCCAUUCCAGUAAAAUACUCUUUUGAGGAAAACGUCCACAUUUUCGUCUUCCAAUCGGAUGAAACAAAGCAGCUCUCUUUGUUAAAGAAUUACUGGGCUCUACUUUCCAUAUAUGGAGAUCAAAUUUAUGCAACUGAAAGCACAUGCUUUGAAACUAAAAUGGCUGCCUGUUUCAAUGAUCUGAAAGAUGGAGAAAGCUUUGUAAGACGAACAAGAAAACUUUCUGUGCAAUUUUUUCCCCACUUUGAGCAACAACCACAAUAGUGCAAACGAUGACUGCCUACCUUGGAGGUCGGCUGUGAACCAUAAACAAUUAAUUCAUUUAUGUUCUACUGCUGGUCUAUUUCGACUAUUUCGUUUUUUUUUUCAAAGCUUGAGAUUUAUGCAAAUUGUGUCUGGAAUCAUGAGAAAUUUGGACGGAAGAUUAUAAAUUCCUUUUUUGAAAAAAUAGCAGAGUCCCCAAUGUGAAGAACAGGUGCUUGAGAGGGGUUAUCCAGAAUCAUUGCUUGGGUUUUCUUGCCUUGUACUUUCAAGAGAUUUGAUGCAAACCAGGUUGAAAGCAUGACCAUAUUUAUUCGAAUUAGGCCGCUCUUGAAUAAGUGCUGUGUUUGGGACAAUAAUGUAAAGCAUCAUGGCCCCUUUAUAAUCAAAAUCAAAAGACGUUAAUUCUGUUUAAUAUGGAAAAUAACAAUAUCAUAGUUAAAAAAAUUCUUUGUUUCGUCCAACUUUCAAAUAAAUGCCACCCUCAAAUAAGUGCCACAUUUGAGCUGUGUAAGUUUCCAAGUACAAGCCCCCGGGGGGCUUAUAUUUGGAGGGGCGAUUUAACGGAGGGUUUUUUGCGUUACUGGUUUGGGGGGCUUAUACGUGGAGGGGCUUAUUUUCGGAAUUUUACGGUAUUUGAGUAAAUACGUCAUGCUAAUUAGUGAUCGACCAGUUUUUGAAUAUUUCCUUUCAAAAUUAAGAAUUGAAAGGACAGUUGUCUUUUUAAGUAAGGAAAACUAUUUCCACCUCUGCUAUACCACCAAAUGACCAUUAUGAACUACUUUGUUUCAUGGUAGAUUUUUUCUUUGCGAUUCCUGUUAAUAAACUAGGUGUCGUUAAAGAUCUAUAAAUUGUUCGCUGUCUACUCAUUUUUAGUACAACAUUUACCUCAAGGUUAAAAGCAAAAUUAAUUAACUUAUGUAUGGUUUUGCUUCAGAGAGAAAACACAUCAGUCCCUAAAAAUUAAUAGUGUUUUACGUACAUCUUGUUAUUCUUUUCCCACCACCAGGAGGUGAAAAGAACACAUGAGUGUUGGGGUUAUGAAGAAGGUUGUAGGUCACCUGACAAGUGGUUUACAAAGCCUCACUGUGACAACAGUAUGACUCAUAGAUACUUCAAGUCGUGAGUAUUUUAAUCCUAUCUGUCCAUCAUUGAAACAACAAGCUUGUUUAUAAUAAUUCUGUUUUCUUAAAAAUUAUGGAUUGGAUUGCGCUUGGGAACUCUGAGUUCUUCUCUCUUAUGGUCAUGUUUGGCUAAAGAAACUGGACAUCCUAAUAUUAUUUUUAGAUACAUUAGUUUUACUUUUCCAUAUGGUUUUAGUGUUGCUCAAAUCUAUAGCUAUGUGGUAACAAAAAAAUAUGAGGUCUUCAGUGCAUGGUAUUUUUGGUUUUACAAUUUUUUAUGAAAAAUUGAGGUGCUGUUAACCUUGAAACAUGUGACCACUCUAUCUUUUGUAUUUUUUUAAUGAUCCUGUACAAGGCUGCUGCCUAAGAAAUUUUUUCUGGGAACCCUGUGGGCUCCUAAAAUAAAAAGGUAGGAGCCCAAUUUAAAAAAAUCUGUAACUUUAUUAAACGUGUCAAACUUCUAGUACACGACUACUUGCACUGAUCAGUUGAUCGAGAAGGUCAAUAAGCUUCAAAUUUAUCAUUAAAUUUUAUUCAACUCUAGGGCCCAAAUAGUAUCAUAGUAAGGGUCAACUAACAUUUAAGGGCCAAUCUCCUUUUGUCUGUACUGGAGGUUUCUUACUUCAUUGUAUUUCAAAAACAGAACCCUGUAUCUAAACCUAUAGUUUGCAAAUAGACGGUCUCCAACUUAUCCGACGUGACAGAACUAAAUGCAAAGGAGGAGGUGUUACCCUGUACUAUGCUGAACAUCUAACGGCUGUACACCGUAAAGAUUUAUUAGUCAGGGAUAUUGAGGCCAUAUGGAUACAGGCAGGGCUCGAAGUUAUCUUUUUAGUGCACUUGCAAAGUUUUGCUAGUAAGAUAUUUUUCCACUAGCAAACUGGUGAGACCACAAGCAAAUUAUUUCCCUUUGUUUGGGAGACAUGGAUAAUUCUAACUCGCAAUCGUUUGCUAGUGGAUAUUUUUCUUACUCGCAGAUUAUCAAAAUCACUCGCAUUUUGUGAGUUUGCGAGCGUUAAUUUCGAGCCCUGACAGGUGAAAUUCCGUGUCCACACUAAUUUAUUCUCAGUUGUUUACCGAUCUGAACUCGAAACUCCGAACUUCUUUGAAAACUUUCACGGCGUUCUUGAGAAAGCCUGGUUGAAAACAGACAGUAUUUUCGUCCUUGGUGACUUAAAAUGCUGCAUGUUGGAAGCCCAAAACAAUCCUGGCUCCACCUUAAUCACAUCUAAAACAAAGAAUUUGCUGAGGCUUUUUGAAGAUUUUAAUAUGCAAAAUGUUAUUGCUGAACCAACCUGCAUAACUUAUACCACAGUCACUUUUUGAUCUUAUUGUUACCACCAAGGUGGAUUUUGUGCGAUGCACAGGAGUAAUGCCAUUAGGUAUAUCCGACCAUUGCCUAGUGUAUGCAAUGCUUAAAUUGGGCAGCAAAAGACCACCGCCGAAGAUUAUUCGCACCAGAAACUGUAAAAAUGUUAAGGCAGCGAAUUUUAAGGCUGAUAUUGAAAAGAUUCCUUUUCAUAUCCUGGAAAUUUUUCAUCACAAAGACAAUGCGCUCUGGGGAUGGGAACAAUUGUUUAAAGAUAUAUGCAAUGCUCACGCCCCGUUUAAGGAUGUGAAAGUGAGAAGUAUGUCUGCUCCGUGGAUUAACAACACAAUUAGGCACAAACUGAAUUGCAGAUUUAAAUUAUUCAAAGAGGCAAACUGGACAAAGGAUCCUAGCAAAUGGGCUGCAUAUAAGAAACUUAGAAAUGAAAUCACAGCUGAUAUACUCAGAGCCGAGGCUAAGCAUUUUAAAGAUCUAUUAGCUGAUGUCAAAACCACUGCAGAGUAUUGGAACCUGCUUUCAAAGGCAAAUAACCCUAAAUUAAGGAAAGCGAUAGGUCCAUUGAAAAGAGAGGACGGAUUGCUCGCAGUUGAUGACAAAGAAAAAUCAAACGUAGUCAAUAAUUUCUUCUCUAACAUCGGAGACAAACUGGCUGGCAGUUUCCAGCCCCAAUAUCUAUCUCACCUGGCCACGUCAACUAAGAUUGUUCCCUGUGUCAAUAACAUUGCACUAUCGCCUUUGGCCAUUGAGAGAAAAUUAGCUAAUCUCAAAACAAAUAAAGCGACAGGACCCGAUGACAUAUCACCGAAAAUAGUCAAGGAAGCUGGAGAUGCAUUGCUAUCCCCGUUGAUGUUCCUUUACAAUAUGAGUUUGAAAGAUGGUCACGUCUUUAGCCAGUGGAAGACUGUGAGAGACAAUCCUGUUUUUAAAAAGGAUGACGAGACUGAAAUCGGAAAUUAUCGCCCCAUAUCUCUUCUCAGUGUUCCGAGCAAAAUACUUGAAACCAUUGUUGCUGAUUCAAUCAUUCACCAUGCAUUCAUUGAAAAUAGAUUAAUUACAGACAAACAAUGGGCUUACAGAAGAGGAUAUUCUACAGAGCUGUUGCUAGUACAUAUGACAGAAAUUUGGAGGAGUGCCAUUGAUUCAAAUAAAGUUGUUGGUAUAGUGCUGGUAGAUUUCCACAAAGCGUUCGACUGUGUCUCCCAUAAUGUGCUAUUACGUAAAUAAGAAAAUGAUUUUGGAAUUAAUGGAAUGCUACUUGACUGGCUGCGCAGUUACCUUGACAAUAGAAAACAAUAUACUGUCCUAAAUGGUAUAGCAUCAGAUCUUAACACUGUUAAAUCUGGAAUACCGCAGGGUUCUGUUCUAGGACCGACCUUAUUUUCUCUUUACACAAGUGAUUUAACUGAAGCUAUAACCACUGCGACAACCUACAUGUAUGCUGAUGAUACUACCCUAUAUUGCAUUGGUGAUUCUAUUGACGCAGUAAUUUCUGAACUUAACAAAGCUUUGGAAGAGCUUCUAUACUGGUGCAAAACAAACUCCCUUGUGCCUCAUCCAAAGAAAUGUGAAGCAAUGAUCCUCCAUUGUGGAAGAUUCACUGGCCCAUUGAAAGAGUUAACAUUGGCCCAGCACACCAUCAAAUGGGUUACACACUCUCGUCUAUUAGGCGUAUUGAUACAUGAUCAACUAAGCUGGUCUAAACAUGUUAGUGUUGUUAAAAAAGGCUUUGUUGAUAAGUUAAACUUGUUAAAACGUAGCAAAUUUCUUCCAAAGAAUAUGUUAUUAGACUUGUAUUUUAGAGUUAUUAUGCUGUCGAUCGUAUAUGGUAUAUCAGUAUGGGGAGGCCUCACAAAUAAGGAAGGUUUUAAGACAUUAGAAGCACUGCAUUGUAGAGCUGCGAGAAUUAUCUUUGAGCUACCUUGGGAGAUGUCUAAUGCAGAUGCUAUGAAAAAGGCUAAUUGGUCUUCUUUAGCCUUUAUGUAUAAAAUUAGCUUAGCUAAGCUUAUGUAUAAAAUCCACAAUAACCUGACUCCAGACACUAUGUCAGCUAUUAUUAAGAACAAUGAUAACAUCAAGCGAUAUCAACUUAGGAAGAAACUGAAAAUUGAUGUCCCUCGUUUUAACACCAACUACAUGAGGAACUCUGUAGCUCGUAGAGGAGCAAUAGUUUGGAACACGUUGGUUCCUCGACUUAAUGACGAUAUAGACAAUGUUAAGAAAUAUGCGAUUAUGGCAAGACGGUCAAAGGCUCUGGUACACAUAGAUUUUGACUGUAUCUCCCCUCAAACAUUAACCAGAAGGGAGGAAGAUUUUAAGUAUAAUUAGUGUUAAUAAUUAGUCGGUACUAGAGUACCACCUUGUACUUUAGAAUUUUAAGCUUUUAUCGUUUUAGACUUGUAAGUAGUAAGUAGCUAUAUGAUUUUAGCUGUUGUGUAUCCUAUUUAUUUUCAAAUUCAUUAGUUAUCUUAUUUAAUUAUUUAGACACAACCCCACAAGUGAAGCGUCGCUUUAAAUACUUAUCGUGUAUAAAUAAAGAUUAUUGAUUGAUUGAUUAGUUUUAAUAAGUUCACCUGAAUGACCCUAUCGAUAGUUUCUGUAUCUUAAGUUGACAGUCUCGACCAGAUCCUUGAAACUUGAUUCACGCUACUCGAAACCAAAGUCUCCCUUUUCACUGGUCACACAACCCUAAGGAGCGUUGCAUGGCGAGACAAAACUGGAAGAAUACGCAAGACUUGAAUGAACUAAGUUUCGAAACGCGAACACUGAGUCUUGAGUUUGGAGAAACCAGCCUUUUUUUAUAUUGGCCACUCGAAAGGAUGUAAACAAAAAAAAGAUUUAUUUCUCAAGAAACAUAACAAUAACCAUUUUUUUGCACGCAAAUGUACUGACCAACAGCGUUAGACUUGCCGACAAGUUGAGCUCUCCCAAAUUUUUUCACGAGUGCGAAGCGCGAGCAGUAGAUUUUUUAUGUUUUCUGCGGCAAAAAGCGAGCAAGAGAGCAAAAGCUCGACUUGUUUCCCUUGCCAAAAAACACACCAGGUAACGUCAUUUUGGCGCAAAUUAUUUGACUCAGUAUUUUUGAAUCAAGUCUAUCUUUUGAUAUACACAAAAUAGUACUAAAUAGGGAGAUGUAGAUAAUGCUGAAUAAACAAUAAAAGAAACCUCUGAAUGUACCGUUCGUAUUCAUAGCAAGAUAGAAAAUGCUACAAACUUUCAAAAGUAAAAUUAGCAUACUGUAUGUCACAUGUAAUUUGAAACCUCUUGCUUUUACCAUAGAUUGCAACGUUUAAUCAGUUUUUAUUUGAUGCAAUAGCAACCUAACAUUUCUAACGCUGGAGAAAAAGUCAUGAUUUUAAUAUUGAAGUUUUUUCAAAGAGUAUUAAAUUCCUUCGAGGCCAUUUUCCGACGAGAAACUUCAACUGCGCUGGUCGCAGGUGGAAGUCACAGAAGCAUAUUUCAAGACAAGUGCUUGUUUGUUUACCUUUUAUCGGCGGAAAUUAUAUUUUUUUUGCCUAUGGCCGACGACCAAACGUUGUUCAUUUUCGUUUCAAAAGUGUAGAAUGAGCAGGGAAUUUUGUUGUUUGUUCACCACAAUUUAGCUUGAGAAACAUAAGUUUGGGUGCCCAUUCGGGCUCCCCGUUUAAAAUUUCGGUCGCCUAACGGUAAAUUGAAGGCCCCUCUGGUGACCGGGUGCCUGUUAGGCAGCAGCCUUGCUGUAUCAGUUUAUCUUCUAAUGUUUAAUUAGCCAGCAGCACUUUAUGCUUAUAAUUAAUGACUGACAAAAGGAUGCUUUCACAACACACAUCCAUUUCAAAAUGUCAAUUUUACUUCAAUUGUUUUAUCAAAUUAAAUUUUGUUAAACACCUCCACUGUAACAAUAAAGAUAAGCAAAAAAAGUUUAACACAAUGUUUCGAGGUCGCCAUGACAUCAUUAUCAGAUGACAAGGAUAAAACUAAAAACUGACCUAUUUUGUCCCUUUAAACCAUAUAGAUUAGGUCAGUUUUUAUUUUUAUCUUUGUCACUUGAUAAUGAUGUCGUGGCAACAUUGAAAAAUUGUGUUUAACUUUUUCGCUUAUCUUUAUUCUUAAUUGUUUUAUCGUUGCCUUAGUUUACCUGUCUUUGCAUUAAAAUAAUGCUCAUUAACGUACAUGUAAUUCAUUGCAGAUAUGAAGAUAAGGUCUACCAGUUCUGGAAAGAUGCAGAUUUUGGUUAUAUAAAAUCUGUUCAAGAUAGUCUGCAGUUUGUGUGCAAGCCUAAGGAAAACAAGGUUUAAUAUAUCUUACCUUCUAAUUGCCCAUGCAUGUAUAGUGACUGCAGGGCUGUCCGCCGCUAAGGGCCAAAGGCUGGGGAUUUCCCCCGGCUACGAUGAGCAUGACCCUCGUCUACGGGUACUUUCAUAGCAAACAAAAGGAAAAUAGAACCAGUUUUAAAGAACUUUCCAGCCAGUCAAUUCACCACCUACUAACCGCAUUUACCUGACAACUUGAAAUAUUAGUGACAGCCCUGCAUGCUGACUGUGAUCACUAACUGGCCAAGUACAGUGCGGCGCUUUAUUUUGAGGGUUAAUCCUUGUGUUUUUAUUCACAAUCCACAAAACAUAUUCCUGCAGGGAAGAACUAUGGUCUGCGAAAAAAAUUACUUUGUCAUAUUCAAAAUAAUGUAUAGUUUUAUAUGAAUGAUAUUUUGGUGGAAGAUGUUGAUUCUGAUACAGAAAGUGAUUGCCUGUAGAACCCAGGUGUAUGGAAAAGGAGGACAAAGGGAGGGUGUUAUCCAUGCGAACCCUCCUUGAUCUCCAUAAAUAUUAUUCAGAUGAUCUACUCAGCCUCAUCCAGUAAUAUUAGGGAACUUAAGAACCACGACGAAGUUCACGACAACGACGUCUGUUGACCGGGAAAGGACUGGAAUGAGAACGUCAGUUUCGGCGGGAAAAAGGAAACUUAAGAUGCAGUCAAUCGGUAGGUCGACAACGACGACACUGAAUGUAAACAAACAAGUAGAAGUAGUAGAACUGUGAUGUUCGUUCGCAACAAAGUUUUUUCACAGAGGCGUCUUUUAAAACCAUGCAAGAUCUUAUUUUAUUAGCAGUACGUCUACUUUCAUUUGAUAAUGACAAAUUUUUAGUGUUGUCUGACCUUUUCGAAUGGAAAAAUCUCAGCUUUCUGUGCGAAGAUUAUUCAACUUUCAACCUGAAUGAGAUGACCGAGUCCGAGUGUCUGUCAGAGUUUAGAUUUGGAAAAAGAGACAUUCCAAUCCGAUAGCUGUUUUCCAUAUAAAGUUCAUUUCCUCUAUAUUAAAGAUAUAUGAUUUGCCUUUCCUAAAUACGUACAACUAAAUUUAUCACUUACGAGUUCGCUCGCUCGGCCUCCACAGCUCAGUGUUGUCUUCGAAGUAAACACAAUUCAUCAGUCAAAUUUUCAAUCAACAUCGCUUAUUAGGAGAAAAAAGAAAGGAUGCCUGGAUUUACGAGGAUAAAAAAUACAAAGCCCUUGAAAAAUCGCUUAAAAACAGGAAGUUAUACCUUCCAAAGCUUGUGGAUUGCAGGACGACGUGAUUCUACUGUGUUUGGCGUCAUCGCUGACACCACGACGACGUAAUUUGCUAAUCGCGCUUGCGCAGUGCAUGGUAUCUCACUUCUGGUCGUCGUCGACAAAGUCGUCGUCAUGGUUCUUAAGUUCCCUGUUAUUGUUAGUUAUAGCUGUUAUCUUACAGACCUCAGACUACAUGUAAUUUUCCUGCCUCACUUAAUGUACAUAAUUAUGCAGCACAUAAUUAUAAUCAAUACUUAUACCUUAUUUUUUUAAUGCACUUUUUUAGACAAUUAUGUUAGAACUAAGAUAUAAAUCUUGCUGAUUUUCUUCAGGCAGAAAGUUCUUCUCUUGUCUGCUCAAAGCAGUUGACAUAUUGUAAAGGCCAAAACCUUUACAUGGAUUUCAGAAAUAGUGAGAGGGAACUUCAAAGGUAACAGUACCAGAGCUGUGUAGUUGUGUGUGGCUAUUAUGUUUUCAUGAUGAUUUAGAGGCCCAGUAAUUGCUAAAGGUAACCAUCCAUAUUGUGUUUUUUACUAACUUAGCAAAGCUGGCUCCAAUUUGGUUGAUCAUAAUUCAUUCUGUGCUUACUGAGACACCUUAUGGACUCUGUCUUAAUGAUAAUGAUGAUGCAUCUCCUGUUUUUUGCCAACUCUCAUGGUAGACUUCAGUACUUUUGUACCUUGAUUUCACAAUUAAUUAUAGUGUGAAAAAACCUUCAUUAUGAGGUCUACAGAAUAAGAGAUUAAAAAAUACCAUGCUCGCAAAAAGGGCUACUUUAGUACAAAUUUGUUAAGUCCAGCAGAGCCUCGGUAUACAGAAAACACCGUGUCAGAUUCAAGGGUGAAAAUAUUCCAGACAAUCAUUCAAUGUGAUGAAUGUGUUGAUAACUGUUUUUUGUUUAUAAACUCUGCUUUGCAGAUCUAAUUCUGAUCCAUUUAAACCUCAGCAAAUUAGUGGAUUCUGUGAAGUUGAUUCUAACGCUCUCACUGGAGACGGCAUAUACAGAAUGGAACUCAGUUCAUGGUAACAAGUCGAAACAGAAGUCAAUACAAAAUCAAAUUCUAGAGUUUGUUUAACUAGACAAAUAGGGAUUAAUUCAAAGGAAUAACAUGUAUCUAUGAAAAUUAGCAACUGAGUCUAAUUAAAGUGUACUGGCUUACACUUUUCCAGGUUAAAUGAAGUGGAAGACUUUUCACCAUUAACUUUUCCAGCAAAUCAAAAAGAACAUUGUGACAUUUUGGUUGAAAAACCAACAUUUUUCAUGAAGCUUGAUGCAGGUAUGUUGAGGACAUCUAGGUAAAAUCAAGUUCACCAACAAAUUUUGUAGUCAUUUGCCAUUGAUUUUGUCACAAAUAUACUGUACAUGUCAACACUCAUGUAUAAUCAAUCACCUUAAGGAAUUACUGCCAAGCAAGGUUACAUAUAUCUUGUUCUCUCUACCAGCCUAUUGCUUUUUGUAUUAAAUCUGCUUUGCUAAAUCCAUGCUGUCCUGUAAAGUUGUUGUUGUUGUAAGUUUUGCUGGUUCAUGAUUUGAACCUGAAGACAGAAAUGGCUCAUUUCAGAGCCAUCACUACCUCUAAAGCAAUGAUCAACAACAUAAUUUUGGGGGUAAUGUUUAUUUAUUGAUUUAUUAUAUAAUUUUUCAGUUCUUUUUUUAGCCCCUAUCUGAGCAUUAUUUACACUGAUGAUUGAUCAGAAGAGACGGUAGACAAGUGGCACCCAUGAUUUUACAUCAAAAAUCUAAGAAAUGGUUUCGGCUUAUACAUGCCUGUAACAGACUACAUAACAUGUAUGCUACUGACAGCUGAAUUAGGCCAGGUUAAGUCAAGUGCAAAGACCUGGAAGAGUCUUUUCAUAACCAACAUGCCUACAAAAAUAGUUUCAAAUUGUGGUGUCCUGUAUCAUGGUAUGAUUAAUCCUGGUAUGGCUUGAAAGGUUUUUAUGAAAGGUUUGGUGCUCAAGCACUGUGUCACGGAAUUGUGUGAUAAUGAUUUUCCGCUGCAUAGGAUAUAGAUAAUUUAUUAGUAAAAUCCAACUAGUGGUCUAUUAUCAAUGCUGCGUUCUGAUUGGUUGAGCAACUAGUAGCGAAAAGCGCGUGCUUUUUGGCGGCAAAAAAGGAUUAAAGUCUAGCUUUAACUAGGUAAAGUUUUUUAUUCUCGAUAUUUUUGACCCACUAGUUGGAUUUUACUAAAACAAUUAUCCCUCUCGCCCUCAUGGCCUCUGAGUCAAUAGCCCAUUUGGACUCGAGGAAUAAUUGUUAAAUAAUCUCUACAGGGCUUGAAAAAAGUCCCAUCUGGUACACUGUAGUCCAGGACAAGUAGUUGUUUUUGCUUGGCAAUUAACUUUAACUGUAAAGUACACAAUGGGCAAGGGUCCAGGCAAGAAGUGCAGGACCUGUGGAAGCAAAUUGUGAGAAAUGCCUGCCCAAAGGAUAAGCUGAAAUUCAAGGUUUUUUUCGAGCCCUGCACUAGAAACCGCAAGUAUGACGUUGGUUUGAUUCCUUGUUCUUAGUGUUCUUGUUUCCUUACAAGUUAGGUUAUUACCUACUGACCGUAUUUUAAAACCAUUUCCUUUUUGUGAAAAUAAAAAUAUAAUAAUCAGCAUGUCACCAGCAUGGGACAAAGAAAAAGUCUGAGUCCCCAGACUUUUUGGGAGGUCAUUGGUUUGAAUGCUGUUGGGGACUGAGGCUUUUUCUUUGUCCCAUGCUCGUGACAUGCUGAUUAUUUCAUUUUCACAUUUGUUUCACUGAGCUUAAAAUGUACCAUUUUUCAUUCUUCCACCAUUUCCUUUUUUGUUGCAGUUGUAAAUAUGUACCAUCAUUUCUGUGACUUUUUCAAUCUGUAUGCUACACAGCAUGUCAAUGGAUCAUUUGACACUGAUGUCAAUAUUGUAUUAUGGGAAAAGGUCAGAGCAGAGUAUGUUAGUGUUUCCUAGCUCAUAUUACUGAAAUUACUUUUCAAAAACGUUUUAAUUAAGGUUUACCCUUAUUUGCAUCUGUUUGCUGCCUACCACAUAUAUGCAGGCCACGGUUUUAAUAAUGCUAUGUGAAGAAAUGUUUUGUGCAUUUUUUACAUUAAAAUGAGUUGAUAAAAAAAUUGAACUAUUAUCAGUUUUUGUAUUGUUAUUAUUAAUGGUGAAACUAAUAAGUGCAUAUAUCACUUUUAAAGUUUAUAAUGUUGUAACUUGUACCUGUUGUUUUACCUUUCUUUUAAAAACAAUGCUAAUCUUACUUAAUUACUGAAUCAAACAAACGAAAUAUUCUUUUUUAAUUCUAAUAGACAAGAAAAUAGUUACAUUGUAGGUAAUUACAUGUCCAUAGUAGUUUUUUUAAUGUAGCUUAAUGUCCACAAUUAGGUAUUUGCAUUCUCUUGACGUUGACGUUGUAAAAAUCAAGCCUUCAAACUGCCUAUAAAUUAUGCCUUGAGUAUUAAAAAAAGUAAGAAAAUUGGUUAAAACUGACGGUUAUAAUGCCAAAGAAUAACGUUUUUACAAACUAAGAGAAAAAAGUUAUUGUAUACAGUUAAAGCAUUUAUUUUUAUAUGCUUAACUUUCAUGAAUGCAGUACCAAAGGAGAAGUCUGGGGAAUUUUGGAGCCACAUGGAAAGCAUUCACUUCAAAUCCUGUUGUUUAUCUUGGUCAAGAAUACAAGAACAAACGGGUAAAUGAAAUCAUGUUAAGAAGUUUAGUGCAAUAUAAUAAAGUGAAGUUCUGCAUUGGUGGUAUUUGACUGAAGAGGAGGUGGGGGUUACUCUCUAUGAUGGCCUAUACAGGGAGGCUCCACCCAAAAGGGGGACCAUUUUCAGGCUUCAGGUAUGUGAGAUGGUAGGGAUUUCACUAGUUGAACUAUAAGAGAGGGUAGGGAGGGUAGAGAAAUUUGUCAUUGUGAUUGUUGAGAGGGCCUAAAAAGGGCUAACAGGUUCAAUUUAUAUGGCUUAGUGUGGUUUCUUGAUAUUCAAAAAAUGGUGCAUUUACAGCAAUUAAAAGGGGUGUAGCAUUCUAAAGUAGAAUGUGAAAGUGGCACAUGUACCAUUUGUCAACAAAAGGCAUACCGAAAGGGUUACCUUUUCUGUCAAUAAUGGUAUUAAAAAAGGUAAGGGGUUGGGCCUUUGGGCAUCCCCCUGGGGUAUUUGAUGCGGUUUUUAACCUUAAUAACUGCAGCAUGUUGUGAGAAAGGGUGUUUAAUAUAUGUCUGUUUAUGAACUUUUAAAGGGAUCAGCAUAACCACCACUGUAAACCAAUAAACAACAUUGAGUCAGACUAACAACAACAACAAGUUUAUUUAGUAUUACCAUUUCUAUACAUGGUGUUACCGAUUAAAAUACAAUAAUGAACAGAUAAAUUUAAGGAAAUAAUUGAAGACAUAAUUGAAUGGUAUAAUUGAUUAUUAUUAUUAUGUUUCUUUCGUCUUUCAAAUGCUUGAAAAACGAAAUUAGCAGUUAGCCUGCUGAUAUGCAAAGCAGUGUUGUUGAAAAAGAAAACAGACUUUAUCAUGGUUCUUGCAAUUUGUAAAUGAUGUAUUUCGUUUGUUGGUUUUAAUAUAAACAGUCUUUCUCAAAUCAUCCGUCAUAUAGAUCACAGUGAAAUAAUACGUUCAUUUCAUUUUCAACUGAAUUUAGACUGCAGUGAUCACAAAUUCGAAGAUCUUCAGGAGUUUUGGGAAUUGUAAAUCUUCCAGUUUCGAUUUUUAAGUUAUGAUUUCUUACCCUAAAUUUGGAGGCGACACAUUUAUGUUCACCUUUUCUGUGAAAUACAGCUACAUGUAUAUCUGUUUCAAUGUUGGCGAAUAAUUCUGGGUCAAAAUAUGGAGAGUCGUGAAGGGGAAUCUUGAGGGCGCAUAGAUAAACAUCUUGUUCUGAAUUAAAAAACGUGUGAUUUAGUUUACACAAGAUAUAAUUAGUUAAGUGGCUGAAUCUGAAAAGCUGGAUCAGCAAAAAGGUGACAAAAAAAAAUCAAAGAAUAUCACUAGACGGAUCAUCUUGGCGAAAAAAAGAAGGAGAGCCAAAAUAGAACUGAUAUAUUUUUGUAUUAAUUGUGCCAGCUAUUAAUUUUGGUUUGAAACACAGUCUUUUUCACGGGCUGACACUGGAAAAUAGAUUUUACUUUAGAAUCUGUAUCAGUCUUAACUUUUAAUUAUUCCAGAAUGGUACUGAUCAAAUCUAAUGUUUUCUAUGCAGGUAUGUUUUAAACAAGCUAUCUUUGCUCUUCUUCCUAGAAUGGUGUUUGGAUUGUACUAUAAUACUCCUUUGGUAAGUUUUUAGUAGUGAGUUUUUUUAACUUUUCAUACCUUUCUUGUAAUAGUUAAGUGAAAUUUUUGAGCACGAAAUUGGUACAAAUCAAGGAACAAAAAUUACAUGUAAAGGUUGCCUUAUAUUUUAUAAUGAUUUACGCGUUAGCCUUAUUGUAUCGUCUGGAUCGGGGCGAAAUUCUUAGCCAGUCUAGGCAAGUAUCAGAACAUAUGAGCUGCUGCAGUAAAAAUUGUGGGAGGAAAGUCGUUGUUAAUCAGAUCACGUAUUUUUUUUAAGGCGUAAGGUUUGGCUGAACCAGAAAGGGUUAUCUCUGAAACGGACUUAGGAAGAGAAAGUUUUUACUUUUGGUGAAAUGAAAGUGUUGUGCUAUGUUUUUGUUCCUUUCAGAUUAAUGGUUGCUCUAAAAGUGGCCUAUUUAAAGCUUUCUCAGAACAUCUCAUGAACAGGCUUGGAAUCAUGCAAGAAAAUAACUUACAGGUGAAUUGGGAUCAAAAUUUUUGCUGACAAUUUACACGCUUAAAAGUUGUGUAGGCACACAAAAUUGAAACUUUAAACGUUUUUUACUUACAACUCAAACUGAUAGUAGCUUGUCAGUGUCAUCUUUGGUAAGGUACAGUGGAACCUCUUUUCAGGGGACACCCUCAGCACCGAGACUAGCCUAGGACCAGGCUCCGCAGGGGGAGGCAAAAAAGAGGGUCAAAUAGAAAAAAUAUCGGGGAGCGAAGCGAGCCAAGCGGUGGCCUGGGGAGGGGAAAGGAGCUUUCCCCUCCCCAGACUACCUAUCGGCUCGCUUCGCUAGCCGAUUUUUUAUUUCGCCCACGGCGAUUUUUUUUCUCCUUUUUCCCCCAAUGCAGAGCCUGGUCCCAGGCUAGACCGAAGCAAGUUUCCCUUGAAUAGAGGUGUCUCCUGCUGAUUGAGUUGGGCUGGGGUUUGUUAGUAGUUAACCAACGAAAACAAUAUAAAAAGGAAAUCAUUAUUAUCUUAUAUGUGCGAUAUUAUGAUGUUGAAUUCACACAAGUGCAUUACAUCGAUUAAGUGAGAUUGUUGAGUUUUUGAAAGUUGUCAUCCUUGUGAUUAGUGUACGCUUUGUAUGGUAUGGUAACUUUAUUUAUACACGGUUCAUCUAUACAUUUAUACAUCGGUACAUUGAGUGCUAAGGUGUCCCCUGAAUAGAGGUCAAACUCAGGCUUUGGGCCUCAAAAAACGUGUCCCUUUCUCCUAAAUAGAGAUUUCAUUUCGACAGAGUAGUGGUAACAGAGACAAAAAUUAUGUGGACGUUUUUCCCUGGGGAACAAAUUUUGUGUCCCCUGCAUGGAGGUGUCCCAAAGGAGAGGUUCCAGUGUAACUUCUUUAUGCACUGAGACACUGAAGAAGUUUAUUUUAACUUGGCUGAUGAUCCUUCAUAUCUACUGCGCGCUAAUUUGCUCUGGUCUUUACUUAUUGGUGUGUCUAGCCUAAUCUCAUUCUCUCAUGCUGUAUUCUAGAAUACUUCGUCGUUUCCCGUGAUGUAUUGCCUAACUAUUAUGGUAGUUAUCUUGAGAACAUGCAAUAAGGGGGCUCUUUCCAUUAUUUGGCCAGGCGUGUCGUAUGACUUAGUAGGGAGUUUUAGCAUCGACAACGGCGACGACAGCGAAUACGUCAAUUUAAAGUGAAUUUGCGGUUUUUAAACUUUGUCGCGUCCAAUUCAACCUCGUUCCUAGGGUGCUCUUCUACCCGUCUCUACGUAGCGAGAGAGAGCUUGGGAACGAGGUUGAUUUCAAUCCACUGAAAAUGUCAAAUGUAGGCGAAUUUCCCGGGAGCUGAUUUCUUGGGAACCACACUCAAGUUUAGAAGGAGAAAGAAAAAUCCGUCGUGGCUUGUUUACGUCCUCCAUAAAACGUGAAAUUAGGCAUUUUCACUUGAUAGUCGUACAGUCACGGCAAAGAAAUGUAAGUAAGUAAGUAAUCGGGUUAAUAACAGGGUUUCCACAUUGCGACCCUUCAUCUGCUACUUAUAACUAAGAAAUGAAAAAAUAUGUAUCAAAAUGUACAAAAAUCAGUGAAAAAUGCACAUGCAAAGUUCUUGUUUUGCUUGUCAAACCCAUCUUUUUUUUGAAGUUCUCGUUUCCGUCGCCGUCGUCGUUGCUUUUUCCACAACAGAGUCGUACCCUAUAAGUAUCAUUGUGUGAGUACGAGAGCUGAACAUGGCAUCGUUACCGUAAAAUAUCAGUGCUAUUAAUUAAUAAGUUAUAUGAUAGUACAUAUUUAUAAUUUUGUAUAGAACCUACCAUGCAGUCAUCUGACGCAAAAGGUGCAGCAAUCCAGUGAUUUGAUUUGUCUCCAACAGAAGUGUAGUGGUGACAUCAUGUUAUUGGUGGUCAUGUGACCAGUAUUUUAGUGAUAACCACCGUGGAUUUGUCAAGGGUUAUUAACCCCAAGCUCUCAACUUAAAGGAGUGUUUUUCUUUUCAGAACAGCAGUGAACCAAUCCGCAUAACUUUACUGUCUAGAGGAACAAAGUUUAGAAAAAUAUUAAAUGAGGACGAGGUAAUAAUUUACUAACGUAACGAUUACAAGUCAUUGUACCGUGAAUGCGUUUUUGAUGUACAGUUGACUCCCGAUAACUCGAACCUUCAAGGGAAAUCGAAAAAUGUUCGAGUUAUCAGGAGCUCGAAGAAAAUAGCCGGGAGUAAGGGAAAAAAAACAGUUUUUACUGCACAGUGAGAAUUUUAAUCACAUUUAAUUGUAGAAAUGUUGAGUGGAAAUUGAAAGAUACUUUUAGAUUAUAAAUCAGAACGUAAAGUAACAAAACGUUGCCUAAAUAGAGGAUGCAUUUUACUUUUUGAGAAGUAAAGCUAUUUCACAUUAGAUUUGUGACAAACAACAUCAGCCUCCACUAUCGAUGCACUAGUAAACUAUAUGCCUACAACACGUCAAUGGGAAAUUCAAAAUUCAAUGUUUCGGACGCCAGUACACUGUUUUUUCCCGACUUUUUAAGGGCUCAAAACAUGGUUCGAGUUGUCGAGGGUAAAAUUAUAUAGAAAUGAUCUGAGGGGAAACAAAAAUUACUUCGAGUUAGCGGGAGGUUCGAGUUAUCGAGGGUUCGAGUUACCGAGGGUAAAAUUACAGUAAAUGUAUGACGGAAAUCCAGGGGAAAUCGAUUUUGGUUCGAGUUAGCGCGAGGUUCGAGUUAGCGAGGGUUCGAGUUAUCGGGAGUCAACUGUAUUUGUAACUUUUUUUGUUACACCUUUCGUAUCGCGAGUGUCUUAAAAUCACUCUGCGGUAGUGAAUAUUGUAGAUUUGAUCCUUUUUACUGAUCGUGUCUUCGUGAAGUUUCCUGACCUGUUUAUCGGAGAAUUGGGCUAAUCGGUUAUACAGUAUUACUCCCCACCAACAUUCCAGUUUCCAAGCGAAAAGCGGCGAGGAAGAGGUUGAUGUCCUACACGUGAUGGGGUGAAGGGAGGGGCAAAAAAAGGCCGAUUGUUAUCUGCUUUAAGAUGUGCUGGAAAAUUCCGGUUGCUAAACGACAAAACAGUUGUCGAGCGUUUAACUCUUGUAAAAACCUCAACUUAGAGAUGAAAAGAAUGCAAAUCUAGUAUUAUUAGUGUGUCUUUGGUCCCCACAAGCCACCUUGGACUUCCCUUCCCACCUCCUCUCCAACACACAGACUCACGCCAUCUCAUCUCCCUCAAAAAAACUUAAAUUGUUUUAUUUUACUCUUAAAUAAUUUGCCUUUUUCUGUUGCAGAUUAUUGAGGCCUUGAAGACAUAUCCUGAAGUCAAACUAACUGUUGCACAUUAUUCCUGGUACUGCUUUGGUUUUAUCAUUUUACGAUUUACGUGAUAUGUUUUUGGGUCAACUGUUUAUUGCGUCAUUAACAAAAUAUUGAAUUGUGAACACUGUCAGGUUCUAAACCUGAAAUUAUGUAAAAAUUAAUCACGUGACAUUUACGACACCAAGGUCGGGUAUGUUGCUUUUUUCAUCUUAUGAUUUUAAAUUGUACUUUUCAGGGAUGUGCCUUUUCUUGAUCAAGUUAAAGUGAGUAUUGUUUAUUAACCACAUCAUGUGUUUAACUGAAUUUACUUAAAUAAAGGUCAAAUCAACAAAGUUAAAUAGCUCUCAUCUCCUCUUUUUUAUUUCCUUUAUAGCAUAAAAUUUCCUAGUUUCCUUCUUUUUCACAAGUUGAGUGGUGGAAAAGCAGGGACAUUACUGGGUGAUGCUAGAUAAGAGAAAAAAUAUACAGUUUGAAAAGGUUAACGUUAAAAACAUAACUGUGGCGCGAACAAUUCAAGUUGUCGUUUCUCUGUUGGUAGGCAUUUUGGUUUGAACAAUCUGGUAUAUGAAAAAAAAACUUCAGGAAGAAAUGGCGGGAAAAUUUGCCGCGCCUGCACCAACGUCGUCGACUUUAGGGAUGCACCAUUAGAAAUGUGAAGGGGGGGGGUAGGACUUUCUGGAAAGGCAUGUUAUUUUUUUCACAACCAGCAGGAGUGCAGGAUUUUUCUUUCAACCUUCAAACCCUUGCACGAUUUUUUUUUUCCAAAAUGACUAUGCCCUCUUUUGGUCUUGUUUUACUAGACUGUUUCAACCGCGCAAAUGUUUUUUGUUGUAGUGUUCCAACAGAACACGUUUGUUUUAAGUAUAUUUUUUUCAUACUAAUUGAGAUUUUCUAUUGAAAUUUGGCGUGUGAAAACCCUGUUCAGGGUUCGCAGCCAAUCAGAAUGGCGAAACGACUUUCACACACGUGAAAAAAAGCGUUUCGUCCAGUCACAGAUGUUUAGUACAUAAUGUAAUAGGACACCUAAACACGUGCAGUGUUAGACAUGGACUUUUUUCGCAUUGUAUGUCAGAUAAAUCUCUCUCGCUUUCUGGAUCUCACUCGCAAAGCCUUGCUCGUUCAAUUUCUGAUGCGAACCAACUCGUGCGUAAAUACCGUACGCCCGCGCUGCCCAUGAAGUAAUCUAUACGUUCAAACGUCCGAACUGAGUUCAGUGGCAGUUGAAACAGCUACACAAGCAGAUCAAACGGUGUUUUACCCAAGGUAAACAAAAAAUUCCAACCAACCAAAAAGAGUUAAUACAAAUAGAACAUAGCCUUUAAAAUAGUAAUUUGUGAAAUGUAUGUUGUGUCCUCGCUUUGAAUGAGAAGUUUGUACAUUUCUAGGAAAUAAUAGUUGAACAGUCCCCUUUUAUUGUACAUGUACAUUUUCCGUUCCAAGUCUCUGCACAUGAAAAACUUGAACAUUGAUAUUUGGUGGAGCAAAUGUUUAAUAUACCGUACACAAUGCUUCAAACAAGCUCUGAGGCAGGAGAGGGGGAAGGGUGCACAGAGGCUACGUAUACAUGUAUAUAAAAAUAAAUAUAUUUUCUUGAAUAAAAUGGGACUGUUCACAGGACAUGGAACUUCCAACCUGAGUAUAAAGAAUCUCCAGGGAAAGGCUCACAGCAGCGAAAUCUUGACAUACACUGAAUGUGAAAUAUAGAAGCCAGCAGGAGUGGAUGGUUUGUUGACACACUUCUUGAGGCCAUGACCUUGGCAUUGGCGCUCCCACAUUCCAUCAUAGUAGUGCCAUUGAUCUUGAAUGGUUACAGCACCCCUGUAGUGGUUUCCAUUCCAAAAUGUGAGACCAAAGAGGGAAUAACUACUAACGUGGUUGAAGAAGUUACCAAGAUUUGCACAGAAUACCAAGAUAUUGUAGAGAAGUAUCGCUCAAGCUUUGGGAGUAGUGUGGGCCAGCAAGUAUUGCGAAGAAAGAGGAAGAAGAAUGCUCUAAAGGAAAAUAAAGAAAAACAAAAGAAGAAAUUUCAAGCAGGCGAGGACUGGAACACAGAGAAAGAACCUGAGGGAAGACAAGAAACAGAGAAACAGAAAGAAGGAAAGCAAGCAUCUCAGUCCUUAUCAUGCAAGGACUGGAACACAGAGAAAGAACCUGAGGGAAGACAAGAGACAGAAAAACAGAAGAAAAGGAAGAAGAAGAAGAAGAAGAAGAAGAAGAAGAAAAAGAAGAAGUAAAACUGCAGCCAGCAUGUCAGUCUUCAUCAGGCGAGGACUGGGAUACAGAGGAAGAACUUGAAGAACAUUUCCUCUAAAUCCUACCAUAUGUCUGUGGCCCAUAUGUUUAGGUUCAAGUUUUUAUUAGAAUGCACCAUUUCUAUUUAUGGUUUUGCAAAGCAUUCAAAAUAUUUUGUGUUAGUUUGGGUAAAUAAUAUUCUUAAUACUUUUAAAUGCAGCGGGAUCUGCAGUGUGAUUGGUGUUUUUGGGACAUCUACUUUUGUUUAUAGCUGUAAACUUUAUGGAUUCAAGUAGCAACGCAUAUUGUACAACACCAACUCCAUAAACUUGCGUGCAAGUGGAACUAUUGACGUUGUUAACACAAUCUCACUUUAAUCCCAUUAAAACAAAAGUAUUUCAAUAAAAAGUUUAUUUAAUUUAUAAAGUUAAACAAUUAUCACCACAGUCUCUUAAUUUAAUACUAUGGCAGCUAUAGAGAUCAAGGGCAUCAGAGUUGGUUCAAAUUGAAAUCUCUAUUUAGCCAGUAGAAAUUGUUUUUUCUGCCUGAAAUGUAGUUUGACAUGAAUUUAGGAAGUUGGGGGAAGGGGAUUUCCUGUUACAGAUCACAGAUUUAUUUUUCAGACUGUGUAAUAUAUUGUCGCAGUCACAUUGGUUAUCCAAGCAGGAUAUUUUUUUCUGGUUUCGUUGCAAUGCAGGAUUUUUUUUUCUUAAAAUUUUGUUUUGCAGGAUUUUUUUUUUUGUUUUUGGACUCCCCCCCCCUUCACAUUUCUAAUGGUGCAUCCCUUACUACGAAUCGUAAAUUGACGACGUGACGUUUAGCGUGAUCCAACGGCACCAUCGAACGGACGUCUAAGAACUUCCCUUAAAACUGUGUCGACAAUUUGUAUUUUUGUCAGGAUCGUGUCAAUAAGGUUGAAACCCGAUGUAUCGAGCUCUUGAACAACGACUAUGAUAUGCUUCGGCUCAACUACAUUGUCUAUCAUGAUAAAAUGUGUUGAAAAGUGUUCCAUUGUAUGGUCCCUCGUCACGACGGCAGCGAAAGCCUCGCUGUUUAAAUGAAUUUGUGUUUUUCUUUUCACACUUCGUUGCAAUUUCGAUCUCGCUCGUUGUCUGUUAAAUGUGGGUGAACUUUCCUGGAGUUCGGUUCUUGGGGAUCGCACCCAAGUUUAGAAAGAGAUGGAAUAAUUCACCGUUAUGUGUUUUAACAUCCUCCAUAAUUUUUUGUAUCAGAAAAUUUCGCGUCGUAAUUUUGUAUUGCCGACAAAUACAGUACAAAAAAGUGUAAUGCUCGGGCAGAAUCGUUUUUUUCAUUAAACGUAUUGCUUUUUUGACGUUUUCUUUACCCUCGCAUGUCUUGGUGGUUGUUAAAGCUCGCUAUCUCGAUUAUAUCGAAGUUUUGGCACUUUUGCGUGGUUUAUUUGCGGAGGAAUAGGUAACUAAAUAAAGUAAAAAUCUGAAAUGGAUACUUUUUGUUCGUUUUCAGAAUAGUCACAAUACAGAUAUAUUUAUUGGAAUGCAUGGAGCUGGUUUAACGCAUGCGUUGUUUCUUCCUGACUGGGCCCUUUUAUUUGAAUUGUAAGUGAGUGGGUUCUACUCAAGAACGACAAGAAGCCUUCAUGUCUGCGUGUACACUUUAGUACUGUAAACAAUAGGUAACAAAAUAAUUAUUGGAAGCUACAAGAUGCCGGGUGGUUUUUCUUUUCUGGCUACUGAAUGGUUAUGAUCGAAGGUCAGGUAGUGAUCCAUAGAAUGUUUUGUAUCAAAUCGUUUAUAGGGCUCUAUUUGUUUCUUAGGUACAAUUGUGGUGAUACAAAUUGUUAUCGGGAUUUAGCAAGACUCAGGUGAUGACAUAUGUUGGUAUAGGAUUUAUUUGUCAGCGUCUUUCCUUUAAAAGUAUACCUAAGAUGUGAUCAGUUUUCGCCGGAUUAAUUGUCAAAAACCGCUAUGUAAGGGCCCAGUUUCUGACAAAUUUAGUGGCAAGUAAUGGCUCAGUCAAUCCCAAGUGGCCCGAAUUCCUAUUUGUCUUCUUUGGACUAUUGUCCCUCAGUUGGCCAGCCUCACGGUAUUUUAAUUAUGCAAAUGCCCUACCCGGAGUAUAAAACCAAAGUGUUUCAUGAUGAAAUGCAAAAAAAGAAACCGCUAUUUUGAAAUUCUCUUUGUCCCUAGGCUUCAAUCCAGCGACGAUCUUUUAACGUACCUGUGAAUUAAGGUUUUUUUCAAGAGUCUUUUUAUGUCUUCAGGGGUUUGAUUUUUCCCCUCUGUAGAGCCUUCUUUUAGGGUAGUUUGGCCUGUUUAUUAGGGAGUUUUUAAAGUAGCGACGUUUUUGAGCGACGCACGUCGACUGGAGGUGGACUUGUUUUCACUCUUGAGCCGCGAUUUUGAAAAUAUGUUUGGACAAAUCGUCUCCAUAAGAGUAAAUACACUUAGCAAUACAGAUUUGGUAGCGUCAAGGCAUGUAAAAAGAGAAAAAGGUUAACUUCCGAUUGACGUGUGUCGCUUAACCCUGUUAUUUACUGCCGAGGGGAUGUUAUGUUUUUACUCAUUGUCGUCAUUGCUUAUCUGGAUUUUUAGGGGAGUUUCGUACGUAACUUGGGAAAACCAGGACAAGGUCUUUGAGAAAACCGAGGUAGGUGAACUAAAGCAAAACGGAUGCGACGGUCACGGAUAUUCUUUGUGACUUUUGACUUUCCCCUCUUUUACAGGAACUUCACCCGCAGUACAGUGAUCAUCCGAAGUUCAGGAACUACGCGUUCGACGUGCGUGAAUUUAUGCGACUUGUUGAACAAGCAGUCUUAAAAGUCAAGCGUUCUCUCGAAGACUACAGAAAACAGUACAAUAUUUGAUGACAGAUUUGCACUAAUUAGGUUUUUUGACAAUUUCUUACCGAAGAGGACUUGGAAAAGUCUUUUUUUCUCAAAAUCGGUUAAGAUGGUUGUUACCACCUUUAUUUAUGUACAUGUAGCAUUGUAACGUUAUUUAUGUCAUCCAUUCACAUCUCCUGCUUGAGUGAGUUCACUCUUGCCUAUUUUAGGUCAGGUUUUGUCCAUUAAAACACACACACACACACACACACACACAUACGUUUUCCACAUUAACUUUAAAAACUUGCUUACCGGAUGAACAUUUAUACAGAGUGAAGUAUGAAAACCGUAAAUCCUUUAUUUAGCCCCCCCGGAGGUCUUAUGUAUUUCAAACACUUUUGGGGUGAGGUUGCUUAUUCAGUCCAGCGAAGAUGGUGGUAUCACUUCUCCAUGAAGAACUACAAUGUACUCAAGUACAAGAAGUUGGAGGUCUUUCGGUAAAGGAUCAAAAACAAAUCCGAAUUUCCAACACGUGAAUAAACCAUCCCGGAUCAGUUUUACAGUCUAUCAUUUAUAAGUGAAGAAUGAUAAUGGGAAGGGGGGCGUUUAUUAACUUUCUUCCCGUGAAAAGGAGGGCUUAUUAGAGAGAAGGUGGAGGGUGGGGGCUGUUUGAGAGAUAGCGAGCUUAUUUGAGAGAGGGGGCUUAAUACAGGAUUUACGGUAUAUCAAUGCAUUGAUGAUUUCUUUUCCUCUUAAUGAAUACUCUACAUUGUAAUUUUAAAGUCACUUUUACUUAUAUUUGUGUGAUGGUUAUUUGACUUAUUUACUCUUUUAUGGCACAUUAAAUAAAUUUUGUAACCUUUUUGCU